AUGAGCAGUAAUCAUGUUAAAUUUAAUGACCAGGAGGAUGGAGCCAUCCAUUCCCAAGAUAAAGGAAUAACUAUGAACGAAGAUGGUUUUAAAACAACAAAGAAGAGAACCUUUAAUUUGGCUGAUGACAGUGACAGUGACAGUGACGAUCAGGCUCCUGAGGAAGAAGGGGCUGCCAAAACAAAAGAAGAUAUUGAAAAGAAACUACAGGUUAGUGAAGAUGCCAAGAAAUUAGAACAACAGCAAUUAAAAGAGAAGAGAAGAAAGCAGAAUGCAUUAUUUCAAGAGCAACAAUCAGUCAAAAAACAGAAGGUUGUUACUAGUGAAGACGUUAUAGAACCAUUGGAGGAACUUCCUGCUGAACUUUUGAAAGAAGUGGAGCAAACAGAGGCAGCCAAACCAACUCAUAUAAGUUUUAAUCAAGACUCAGGUAUUGACAAUGAUUCUGAUGAUUCCGAUGUAGAGAGCACAAUACGAAAGGAAGCUACUAAGAAGAGAAAAAAUCAACUAAAGGAUCUCAGAAGGAAAACAAUUAAGAAAGGACCUGUUAGUGUAACCCUGUUAAGCUCGUCCUCUCAAACUAGGUCAAUGGCACCAAAGAAAGAAGUUCAAAUAACAAGUACUAAAGAUAAAUGGCUAAGGAGAAAGACUUUGAACAGGAGGUAA